UUGGUUGUUGGAGAAUCGACGCAUCAACAUGUCAGACAAUAAUGAGACAGUGUCGCAGCAGCCACCGGAUGCACUGGAGCAACGUCAAAUAUUUUUAAAAGAGUUGAAACGUAUUGAUUGGUUGGUUCAAAACUUAGGGAGUGCAAGCGAUUCACUCAUGGAACAAAUAGAUGAUAAAUUGAAUACGUUGGUAACACUCCUGCUAACAAAUAAUAGCAAUGAUGCUCAGCAGCAGCCGAAGGAAACAACCCUUGUAUAUGCGAUGACUGGAAGUGACCCUGUUCACAUCGAAAAUAGUGUGAAAGCGGUAGAAAUUUCCGGCGUUAAAACAUACUUGUUACACAGAAAUUAAACAGUCAGUUUAAAAAUAAAAA